AUGGUCAUUGGCCUGAACCAUCACACCGCACCCGUCGAGGUGCGAGAAUCGCUGUCGUGGAACAGGGACCAAUCCCACGAGCUCCUGCAAGCAAUGUCCAGCAACGGCGUCCCAGGCGUUCCCCUGUCCACCUGCAACCGGUCGGAAUUCUACUUCCUCGAGACCGGCCCGGAUGACGGCCGUAUCCUCAGGGAACUUCUAGUCAAGCACUUCGGGGUGUCUCAAGAGCACCUUGGCAAGUACCUGUACGAAUACCGCGGAUUCGAUGCCAUACAACAUCUAUUCCGUGUUGCCUCUGGACUGGACUCGAUGAUUCUUGGCGAGGACCAGAUCAUUGGGCAGGUCCGCCAGGCGUACCGGCUGGCCAGCGAACAGAGCGCCGUGCCUGGCCUGCUGGCGCGGUUGUUUCAACAGUCCUCCCGCGUUGGACGCAGGGUGCGCCGGGACAGCGGCAUUGGACGCCAUCCGCUGUCGGUGAGCCGGGCAUGCGUGGACCUCGCCGGGCUGGUGGUCGGCGAUAUCAGCGGCAGUUGCGUGCUGGUAGUUGGUGCCGGAGAGGCGGGAGAGACCGCUGCCGAGGCGCUGAGUUACGCCGGCGCUCGGAACGUCACGGUGGUCAACCGUACGUACUCCCGCGCUGCGGAGCUGGCGGGCCGCCUCUCGGGUCGAGCGAUGGCUUUCGAUCAACUGCCCCAGGCGUUGGCUGGUUCGGACAUUGUCAUUGGGUGUACAGGCUCGCCCGGUUACGUUCUCCCGGCCAGCAUGAUCAGCGAAACGAUGGCAGCCCGCCCCGAGCGGCCCCUGUUUCUAAUUGACAUCGCGGUUCCUCGCGACAUCGACCCGGAGGCGGGUCGGCUUCGCAACGUUUCCCUCUGCGAUAUUGACGACCUGGAGUCGGUUUCGAACACCGGUCGUCGGGAGCGGGAGGCGGUGGCGGCCGAGGCCCUGGCCUCGGAGGAAGCGUGGCAAUUCGAGCAGUGGCGGCGCGGACUGGAAUCGCUGCCCCCGGUAAUCGACCUUCGUCGCCGCGCGGAGGACUUGCGCAGGGCAGAGCUGAAUCGCACUCUGAAGCGGCUCAACGGCAAGCUCACCGACGAAGAGCGAGCCUCGCUGGAUGCUAUGACCCGCGCCAUCGUCAACAAGCUGCUGCAUUCGCCUACUGUCUACCCUGAAGGACCAGGCCCCCUCCCAGGGACGUCAGGCAGCCGAGAACAUCUUCGGCGUAUCCACUCCUUUGGAAGGAAACUGAUUCCGCUCGGCCUUUAG